AUGGCACCUCCCACUAAUGACAACAACAACCAGCAAGGUCUUCGUCGAUCUACUCGAUCAAACCUUGGGAAACCGGGCCCGUCUCUUAUUAACGGCUACCUCACUGGAGAUGCGGCGGCUCGACCUGCCCUUCGACCCAAGAGACGUGUCGGGGAAAGUGCAGCUGUCAAUGACGAAGACGACGAUGGGGAUGAAGUGGCUUCUUCUACGUCUUCCAAACCUCGAAAAAACAGUAUCGUCCUGGACUGUAUCCAUGUGAACCUCUCCUCUGAUAUGCAGAGGCCGUCUUCACCUAUGGGACAGACUGUACCCGCACAGGCUGGGUCGCUAACCCAGCAGCAUCAUAUGGUAUCUCCCUCAGCCCCUAUCCAUCCGUCAGCACCUUCGCCUCUACCACCCUCUCCACCCCAACAGGUUAAACAACCUCCUGGUCCUAGUAGAGAUGAAUCGCCUCCGAGGGAUUCAGAUACCCAGAAUGCUGACGGAGUGGACGCUGAUGCGAUGGAUCUGGACAUGUAUUUGAAACUGGAUCCGCAAGAUGAUGAGUACUUGGCUGAUGCGGAGCCCUCACCCAAGGCACCUCCGAAGCCAGCCAAAGUCGUCGAUUUGGAUAUCGACAUGGGUGGCCUAGGGGAUGAAUUCGCUGAAGUCAUGCAGCUUUACCGACAAAACUCGGAUGAGAAAAUCUUCAAAGAUCGCCUAGCUGCCCAGGGGCGAUACUCCGAGAAUGUUGACUCGCUGACUGAGCUGAGUGCCAGAACCAUGAAGACCAGUCCCUAUUGUGAUGUCACAGAGGAAACUAAGUAG